AUGACCGACAAGCUCCCUCCCAACCUCCUCGCGCUCUUCGCGCCGCGCCCUCCCCUGCGCUGGGUGCCGCCUUGCGACUUCGCGGCCGAGGACCGACACACAGCCAACAUCAGCGGUGUCGCUGGUUACCUGGAUGCGCUCAAGGAGUACAAGGACAAGGACGACUAUGUCCCCACCGAGAGUUGGCUGGAGGCGCGCGACCGCAAGAAGCUGGAGAAGAAGGCCGAGCUCGAGGCGCUGGUCAAGGAGGGCCCAAAAUCAUACAAACCUCAUGAAGAUCCAAAUAUCCGCGGUGAUGCGUUCAAGACCCUGAUGGUCUGUCGGCUCUCAUACCAGGCCAACGAGGAGGACCUGGAGCGAGAGUUUGGUCGCAUCGGUGCUAUAGAACGCGUAUGUACUCCAAUUCGUAUCGUCAGGGACACCCAUGCGGAUGAGAAGCCAAACAAGAAGAAGAAGCCACAUCGAGGCUAUGCGUUCAUAGUCUUUGAGCGCGAGAAAGACAUGAGAGGUAAUACUACCAUCGAUCUCCCUAUACCAAGCACAUUGGAACUAGCCCCGGCGAGCCGAACUCAAAGAGAAAAAGAAGAAAAAAACAAACCCCCAGCCCGAGAUUGUGGCCCUCAAGCUUGCCCGUCUCAAACCCCGCUUACUCCUUUCCCCUUCAUCUAA